AUGCGUUUCACGCGCGCCUACUCGAGCCUCAGCGGCGCCAUCCCGCCCGCCAAGGCCAAGUACGUGCCCUCGGCCGGCACCUACCCGAGAGGCUUCCAGGCCUCGGGCGUCUUUGUUGGCGUCAAGCCCGGCAACACGAGCAAGCCGGACCUCGCCCUCGUCACCUCGGACCGGCCCUGCGCCGCCGCCGCCGUCUUCACCAAGAACAAGUUUCAGGCCGCGCCCGUCAGCUUCAGCCGCACGCUGCUUCGCAACAAGGCCAACGCCGGCCUGCGCAGCGUCAUCGUCAACUCGGGCAACGCAAACGCCGUCACCGGUAUCGGAGGCCUGGAGGACGCGGCGAGCAUGGCGCAGACGACGGACCAGCGCGUCGGUGCUGAGGACUCGACCAUUGUCAUGAGCACGGGUGUCAUUGGACAGAGGCUCCCCAUUCAAAAGAUUAUCGACCACAUCCCGGUCGCCUGCCACCAGGCCGGCGACUCCCACAAGCACUGGCUCAACUGCGCCAAGGCCAUCUGCACGACCGAUACGUUCCCCAAGCUCAUGUCGCGCACCUUUGCGCUGCCCGCGUCGCCGGGCAUCGAGUACCGCAUCGCCGGCAUGACCAAGGGCGCCGGCAUGCUCGCGCCCAACAUGGCCACGCUGCUGACCAUUCUCGCCACCGACGCCCCCGUCGCGCCCAGCAUCAUGACGCCGCUGCUCCGCCACGCCGUCGACCGCUCCUUCAAUUCCAUCACCGUCGACGGCGACACGUCGACCAACGACACCGUCGCCCUGCUGGCCAAUGGCGCCGCUGGCGGCACCGAGGUCGCGUCCGCCGCGUCGCCCGACUACGACGCCCUUCGCACCGUGCUGACCGACUUUGCCGCCGACCUCGCCAAGUACAUUGUCCGCGACGGCGAGGGCGCCACCAAGUUUGUCACCAUUCGCGUCGUCGACGCCGCCACCGAGGACGGCGCCCGCCAGGUCGCCCGCUCCAUCGCCCUCUCGCCGCUCGUCAAGACGGCCCUCUACGGCAAGGACGCCAACUGGGGCCGCAUCCUGUGCGCGGCCGGCUACGCCCUCAUCACGCCCCCCACGCACGCGCCGACCGACGCCGACGACAUUGCCCCGGAAAAGACGAAUGUGUCCUUUAUCCCGACCGACGGCUCGCCCGAGCUGAAGCUGCUGGUGAAUGGUGAGCCGGAGCAGGUUGAUGAGGCGCGCGCCAGUCAGAUUCUGGAGAUGGAGGACUUGGAGAUUCUAGUUCGCCUGGGCACCGGUGACAAGAGCACGACACAUUGGACCUGUGACUUUAGCCACGACUACGUGACCAUUAAUGGCGACUAUCGCACGUAA